AUGCCGGUGUGGCUGCGGGAGUACAGCUGGCGGCAGAGCGGCUCCGCCGUGUACCUCUCGCUGCCGUUGCGCGGCGUUCGGGUCACCCCCGCCAACAUCUUCUGCACCGACCGGUACUUGAAGGUAAGCAUCCCUCCCUUUUUAUUUGAAGCCAUUUUAUAUGCUCCUAUUGAUGACACAAGUAGCACAGCAAAGAUUGGAAAUGGAAUCAUUUUCUUCACUUUGUAUAAAAAAGAAGUGGCCAUGUGGGAUUCCCUAACUCUACCAAAUGCUAACAAGGAGAAACUGCAGUAUCUAAGAGAGAAUGCUGUUCUAAAAGCCCAUGAAAAGGCAAAAGAGGAGGCAGAAGCAAAAAAAGUUACAAAACAGGAACACAAAAAACAUGCUUUGGAGGCCACAAUGAAGCUAGAAGAAGCAGAAAGAAAAAGAAUUGAAGAUCUGAAAGAAAAGGAGCGACAGAAGGUCACUAAGGAGUUGGAGUUAUGGAAAAAACAGCAAAAAGAUGCUGAGAAACAAAAGAGGGUACAAAAAGAAGGGGAACUAUAUCAAGUAGAGCAAUUAAAGGAGAAGAAAAAGGAAAAAAUAAACAAAACUAGGAUUCCUAAUGAAGGAACUUCUAAGACCCGACUCAAACCUACUAAAGGUUAUGGUUCCUAUAGCAUGUUUUCAGAAAAUUUAAAGGAGGAACAGUUACCAGCUCCUCGAUCUGCUGCUACAAUUAGAAUCAACUUUACGUCACGAGUUUUUCCUACAGCUCUGCGAGAAUCUUGCGUUGCAGAAGAAGAGGAGUGGCUACGUAAACAAGCAGAAGCUCGAAGAGCAAUAAGUGCUGAUUUGUCUGAGCUGGAAGAUUUAAAAGAAGAGGAGAAGAAUCCAGAUUGGUUAAAGAAUAAAGGAAACAAAAUGUUUGCAACAGGAAACUAUCUUGCAGCUGUAAACGCAUAUAACCUCGCAGUGCGGCUAAACAAUAAGCUUCCCCUACUGUAUCUGAAUCGUGCUGCUUGCCACCUUAAACUGAGAAAUUUACAUAAAGCUAUUGAAGAUUCCUCUAAGGCACUAGAACUGCUGACACCACCUGUUCCUGAUAACGAGAAUGCUCGAGUGAAAGCAUAUGUGAGACGUGGAACAGCAUUUUGUCAGCUGGAAUUAUAUACUGAAGGUCUCCAGGAUUAUGAAGCAGCUCUCAAGAUUGAUCCCAAAAAUAAAACUAUAGAAAAAGAUGCUGAGAAGAUUCGACACCUAAUUCAAGGAACAACACAAGAUUCUUAA